GCAGCAUACAUUGUCCUCCUCAGCCCACCUACGACAAUGCUCCACCCCUGAGCCAACACUCCAAGUGGCCUUAGCAUCGUCAGAAACAGGCCUCAGGUCGUUGCCAUGUCGCACUUUGUAUCCUCAAAGGGCGAUCGCGAUUAUGAGGAGCUCACCAACCAGCUCCUCAGGAGGGAGCCGGUAGACUACGACCAGGGAGAGACUCAAGACGAGACACAUGAGACAUCCGAGAGUCAAGGAGAGGAUGUUCCUACGGCUACCAGUGAUGGCAUCGCAUCUGCAUCUUCUUCUCGCCCAGUAUCUCGUUCGGCCUCUGGCGCAGGGCCCACCUCCAGCAUGGCAGCUCGCAGGCGCAUGGACCUCAAUUCCGAACGCUCUCGUCCCAGCUCGCCAGGCAUUCCGGGAUCCUCUUCGCCCCUACGGCCUGGCUUCCACAGUCCUCGCAACUCGUCAUACUCCCGUACAAACAGCCCAGAGCGGAAUGAACGGGCACGAUCCCCGGCCUUGGGAGGGCAUCGAGCUUCAAGGCCCCAUAGCCUUGCCCACAGCAUCAACGAGGAAUAUCAUCGCCCGCCGGGUAGCGAAAGAAAGCUGAGCGACGCAUCGGAAGUCAUGAAAGACGAGAGCAGCAGCAAGCGAAAUAGCAGGAAAGUGAGCCAAAACAAGCAAGGCAGCGCUCUUGCAGAUGCUUCUAACGAUCGGAUGGGCGGAAGCCUGAAGCACCGGUCCAAGAAUGUAGCUUUCUCGCAGCAAAGCCCACAGAAGCGGGCAGUCAGCUCUGCCCAAGACUUUGAGGAGGAUCAGCAGUUCACUCAUGCCCUCGAUGGGUCGGCGGUAGACCGGAGAUCGAUAGCUCCUGCUCGGCAUCACUCAGAACAGCAAGAGACUUUGAAGAAGCUGGGAACUUGGGACGGCGUGUUCGUACCAGUCUCGCUCAGUAUAUUGGGGGUUAUCCUGUUCCUUCGAUUUGGUUUCGUUCUCGGCCAGACUGGUCUACUUGGUGCACUAGCUCUAUUGGUGGCGUCCUACACCAUCGACACCCUGACGUCACUUUCCAUCUCUGCCAUCUGUACCAACGGCGUCGUCAGAGCUGGCGGCAUCUUCUAUCUAGCUUCUCGAUCACUUGGUCCGGAGUUCGGAGGCGCUACGGGCCUACUCUUUUGGCUUGGUCAGCUUUUGAAUGCGAGUCUGAACGCUCUGGGUUUCGUCGAAACGCUCACUGAUGCAUUCGGGGAAAGCAGAAGAGCCGAAUACGGACAGAGCGGUCUCCCAGAAGGGCCUUGGUGGAAUUUCAUCUACGGAUCGUUUGUACUUUUGCUCUCGACGGUCAUCUGUCUUGUUGGGUCUCGGCUCUUCAUCAAGGCCACAAUGGUUCUGGCUGUCAUUCUCGGUAUCUCGAUAUUGUCGAUUCCCAUCUCGUCGGUCCUAGUCGCCCCAUUUUCGGACACUGAGCGAGGCGUCUUCUACACUGGCUGGUCAAUGGAGACGCUGCAGAGCAACCUCUUUCCCCACUUUACCAGCGGAGCAGCUGGAUCAGCCAAUGGCGCCAUCAAGGAGACUUGGUCGUCUGUAUUCGGCGUCCUCUUCCCUGCUGUGACGGGAGUCCUAGCAGGGGCGAGCAUGAGCGGAGAUCUUCGGAAGCCUAGCAAAAGCAUCCCGAAGGGAACCAAUUGGUCCCUUCUGUUCACAUUCUUCAUCUAUGCUGGAGCUUUCGUCGUGUUGGCAGGUACCUGCUCCCGUGCAAGCUUCUACCAGGAUAUUGGUGUGAUGGGAGAUAUCUCGGCCAUGCCUUCUCUCAUAACCAUUGGAGCGCUAGCGAGUAUGGCAUUCUCUGCGCUGCUGGGAGUCCAAGCCUGCGGCAAAGUUCUGCAAGCCAUCGCCCGUGAUCAUCUACUACCCGUCUUGGAUGUCUUCGCUCAAGGGACAGAGCUGGCCGACACACCGACGUAUGGUAUUGUUGCGACCUACGUGUGCUGUCAGAUGGUACUGUUUGUUGACUCAGUGAACCUGAUCGCCCAAUUGGUGACUAUGACCUCUCUCCUAUGCUUUGCCGUUCUCAGCUUUGCCUGUCUGGCUCUCAAAGCCGGCGGAGCUCCCUCCUUCAGGCCAUCAUUCCCGUACUUCAAUAUCUACACCGCAGGCUUAGGAGCUUUGGCUAGUCUGUUUGCCAUGUUCUUCACAAACAGGACAGCCGCUUCCGGCUGCAUCUUUCUCGCUGUCAUCCUCUUUAUUGCCAUUCACGUCUUCAGUCCGCCGAAGCCUUGGGGGGAUGUCACCCGCAAUAUCCAUUAUUGGCUGACGAGGAAGUACCUGCUGAGGCUGGACGAGAGAAAGACAAAUCUCAAGCACUGGAGACCACAAGUCUUGCUGCUCGCCAACAAUCCGCGAACGGAGUGGAACUUAAUCAUCUUCUGCAACAGUCUGAAGAAAGGCGGUCUAUACAUCCUAGGCCACUGCAUCAAAGGCGAAUUUACCGAGUGCUUGUCGGAAUUGAAGAAGCAACAGAUGGCCUGGUUGAAGCUCGUCGACCUCAGUGGCAUAAAGUCCUUCGUUGAUGUCGUGAUAGCCAAUGAUGAGCGCGAAGGAGCGCGGAGCCUUAUUCUCUCUGCAGGUCUCGGAGGGAUGCGGCCCAAUAUCGUCGUCUUGGGCUUUCCUCGUGAGCUACAGAGACAGGCUCGCGCUCACACUGGAGUCUCUUCACCCUUGCCUCCCUCCUCACAUAAGUCGAAGCCGUUACAAACUACCAAUAGCAGUAGUGGCAGCGACAUCACUGUACGAGGCCCUCAUCCUGUAACGCCUGCAGGUCGCGCUAGGGAUGGUCGCAUUGUAGAGCAUCUACCCACAGACACCACGCGGAGAGAAGCACCAAUCACCGCACAAGCAUAUAUAGGUAUCAUCGAGGAUGCGCUAGCGCUCAACAAAGCAGUUGCUAUUGCCUAUGGAUUUGACAUCAUGCAACUUCCGGGUCCAUCCGCAAAAGCUCACUACGAGAAAAGUUCUGAGAAGCAGUACAUCGACUUGUGGCCUAUUCAGAUCGCGUCUCCAGAGUCUGAGCCUGAACAUGCUUGGGACACCUACACGAUGGUUCUGCAACUGGGUACCAUCCUCUCCCUGACUGGCACGUGGAAAUCACAUCACCUGCGGGUCUCUGUCUUCGUCGAAGACCCUGCCGAGAUCGAGGAGGAGAGGAAAAGGGUGAGAACGCUUUUGGACAAUCUGCGGAUCCCAGCAUCGCUGCGCAUCUUCUGUCUGUCAGACGGGAGCGUAGCAUCGUACGAGGCAAUUGUGUAUGGCAAGUCGCCAGUGUCGCCUCAUAUUGAGGAAGCCCUCAGAGGGGACCCGUGGUGGAUGACGCUCAAGGAGCUGAGAAAAGAAGACGAGCUACGGGCCAAGGCAGCAGCAGCCAAGCGUCGAUCAGAAUUGAUAAAGGAGCAACAGCAGCAGGGUAUGCCAAUCGGCAGUGUAGGCUCCGCUGCCCCGUCUCCUAGUUCGGACGAGCGCAAGAGACGGCGCGACCAGAAGAUGAUGGGCUACAGUCUACCCCCUGAACAUCUGGAGUACUUCCAGCGCAACAUCCGCAUUGGUCUUUCUCAUCCGCGAGCCAAAGCCAGGGUAGAUGAUUCUGAUCUGGACGAUGAAGACUCCGACUCUGAUUCGGUUGGAUCAGGACUCAGCGACGAGUUGCUUCGCCUGGGCGAGGACGAAUUCUUUGGUGCCGGUACGAGUGGGUUCGGCAGGUCCAGAACUCAUUCCCCGACGUCUAUAUCCAGGACUAGCCAGAGCGGAAACACCCAGAGUCGUAGUCGCUCUCACUCCACAAGUGGUCGAGCUGGAGGAGGCCUGCCCGACGAGCCAGUCAGGAGGCCACUGAAAAGCGAUGCCAGCGCGUCAACUUCGUAUGGAUCGAUGAGCUCCACGCCUGUUGUAAGACCAGACGGCACCAUUGCAAAUUACGAGCCGACAGAGUGGACAUGGGACUCUGAGUCUUCCCAUCGCCGGUCGAUGGACAGGACAGAAAGCCAGAUGACAGUCCGCGCCCCUGCGUCCGAUAGGAGUGGUCUGGCGUCUUCUUCCUCGUCGAUCAUCUCUGACAGCGGCAGUGAGAUGCAGAGCUCCGCAGAGGAUGUGCGGUCGGCUCAGCAGCCUCACCCACGCUCCUACUCGGACGACUCCACCCAGCCAGGUUCACGUCGGCCGCGUCCCUCCUCACGAAGACAGGAUACGGUGCGUCCCACCCUGCCGCACCUCACCUUCAACACAUUGCCCAACAAGGCGCAAUUCCUAAUCCUCAACGAGCUCUUCCGAGCGCACUCCUCUUCCUCUGCUACCAGCGUCAUCCUCACUAGCUUGCCUGCGCCGGAACCAGGGACGGCACAGAAGGACGAGGCGGUGAAGCGGUACUUGGGUCAAUUAGAGGUGCUUGUAGCGGGGGACGUGCCGUUGCUGGCUAUCCAUGCGAGGGAACUGACGUUGAGCAUGUCUCUAUGAGACCCCGGAAGGUUAGACGACUCGUAGACUUCCGGCAUUGUUUGGAUCUAACGCUCUUUGCAAGUAAACAGUCACUUUCUUUUGUCUUUUAGAGUGAAUUGAUUCUAGGAUUGAAUGUCUGGUAUCGGCUCAAGCUUGGUAUAAGAAUAAAAGAGUCUAACGAAUCAAAGACGAAGAAGAAUUGUUGGCCCACCCUUGCCCACUAGUAAAGCCCUUCUAAAAAUCCAGCAAAGCAGACUCGUCCGCGUUUUCUUCAUCACUGUCCAACCCCC